AACAAUCUACCUGAAAUCAAUACAGUUCUCCGAUAGAGUGAAAAUCAAGAUGUUCAAGUAUUUGAUUUUCUUCGCCCUGCUGGCAUUUGCCGUUGGCAUGCCUGAAGCCAUGCGUAAUCGUCGUUCACCAUGGGGUAAUUACGGUUACGGAGGUGGAAAUUCUGGCUCCAACGCCGCAGCCAACAGCUUCUCCAGUGGAUUCGGCGGUGGCUACCCUGGAGGUUACGGAGGAUUCGGAGGUGGCUUCAGUGGCGCCAGCGCCCAGGCUAAUUCCUUCGGCCAAGGUUUCGGAGGCUAUGGAAAAUAGCAUCACCCCCAGAAAACCCUGAUCAACAAUCCCGACAGAAACGAAUAGAAAAAAUCGCUAAAAGCACUGAACGAAUAAUAAAAUAAAAAAGAGCUGCCACAUAAA